ACACACUGUCAGUCAGCUCCAAGCGGCCCGGAGUACGUCCUCGGCGUGAGCUCGAGUAGCGGUUUGAUUGUGUGGGACACGCACGUGCACAUUCCAGUAGAGCGUCUGACUGUGUCCUACAGCAAGAGCAGCGGCCCUGGAGGUCAGCACGUUAAUAAAGUUAGCACUAAAGCAGAGGUCCGAUUUCAUGUGUAUACAGCCGACUGGAUCCCUAAAGACGUUCGACAAAAAAUCGUAGAAAAGAACAAAACCCGCAUCAAUAAGUCUGGGGAGCUCCUGGUGACCUCGGAGGUGAGCAGGAGUCAGCAGAGAAACCUCUUGGACUGUAUACAGAAGAUCUCCGCCAUCGUAGCUGAGGCUAACAAGAGACCUCGCGAACCAUCAGACGAAGAUGUAGCUCUAAGAGCAGCCAGGAUCGAGAAGAGGAACCAAGAGCGACUCAGACAGAAGAAAAUCCUUUCAUCAGUCAAGAACAGCCGACGAGUGGAUUUCGACUGACGAUGCAAUAUCGAGCGAU